CAUCAGGAGAAAAGAAAAUCAUUAUUCACCCCAUUCCCAAUUGAAUUCCAGACUUCCUCAUCCGUCAGUAUACCUCCGUCCGCCCUUCCUACCGCCGCUCCACCACCGUCACUCUCUCCCAAAAAGCUUAACCGCGGCCCGAUUCUCCCCUUCCACAAAACUUAUUUCACUUCCAUCUAUCCCACUGUCUCUUUCAUCUGCCGGCCUCGUCAUCGAAUUCAAGACUAGUCAUCUCGCUGGAAAUUCCGCUUUCGAAGUCUCCAGAAGGUUUCUGCGAUGCAUCGUGUGGGAAGUGCAGGAAACACAUCUAAUUCAGUUCGUUCUCGUAAGGAAAAGAAGUUUACAUAUGUGUUGAAUGAUUCAGAUGACACAAAGCACUGCGCUGGCAUAAAUUGCUUGGCUGUGUUAAAGUCAUCCGGACCAGGUGGGCCUGAUUAUCUUUUUACUGGGAGUCGUGAUGGUACAUUAAAGAGAUGGGCCUUGGGUGAAGACGUUGCUUCCUGCUCUGCUACAUUCGAGUCUCAUGUUGAUUGGGUCAAUGAUGCUGUUCUUACUGGUGGUAACACAUUAGUUUCUUGCUCCUCGGACACCACUGUUAAGAUUUGGAAUUGCUUGUCUGAUGGAACAUGUACCAGAACCUUGCGUCAACAUUCUGACUAUGUCACUUGCCUUGCCGCAGCAGAAAACAAUAGCAAUAUUGUUGCCUCUGGUGGCCUAGGUGGGGAAGUAUUCAUAUGGGAUCUUGAAGCUGCACAUGCUCCCGUGUCCAAGUCAAAUGACGCAGCUGAAGAUGAUGGUGCAGCUAGUGUCAAUGGUUUGGGAUCUUCGUUAACUAAUACGAGUAUGCGUCCUAUUGGUUCAAGUAAUAACAUUUCUCUGCAUGCUACUCAAUCUCAAGGAUACACUCCUAUUUCUGCAAAAGGCCAUAAAGAGUCAGUUUAUGCAUUGGCCACGAAUAACCAGGGAACAAUUCUUGUCUCUGGUGGAACUGAGAAGGUAGUGCGUGUCUGGGACCCAAGAACUGGUUCUAAGAACAUGAAGCUCAGAGGGCACACCGAUAAUAUUCGGACACUGCUUUUGGAUUCUAGUGGAAGGUUAGUUCGACAGAGUCUCAAUUCAAUUCCUGUUUUAAAGGGACUUGGAGUGACAUUAUAAUAUAAACAUUUUAUU